AUGCCUGCUCCAACACACAGGCUCAAUUCCAAUGAGCUGUUGAAUUCGCCUGGUUUCCUAGGCGCGGCCGCGCGCUUCUGGCAGCGCUCGUAUGCCUCGGAUUAUGUUGGCAUUGCCAUCUUAGUAUGCGGGUACAUACUGGCACAGAUACAAUUCCUCGCCGAACCCUUCCACCGCAUGUUCUUCCUCGACAACCUCGCCAUCAACUACCCCCACGCAGAACACGAACGCGUCCCCGUCUCCUGGCUCUUCAUCUACGCCGGCGCCGUGCCCCUCGCCGUCCUCAUCGCCUGGGCCCUUGUCCUGCGCCCUGGAACGCACAAAGCGCACGUUACAAUUCUCGGCUGGUUCAUCAGCAUGAUCCUCACCAUGUUCAUCACCGACGUGAUCAAGAACGCCGUCGGUCGUCCCCGCCCCGAUCUCAUCGCUCGAUGCAAACCCGCUCCUGGCACGCCCGCACACCAGCUCGUCACCUUUGACGUCUGCACCGAGACAGAUCAUCACGUUUUACACGACGGGUGGCGCAGUUUCCCCAGCGGACAUAGCAGUUUCUCCUUCAGCGGCCUCGGCUACCUCGCCCUCUUCAUCGCAGGCCAAUGCCACGUCUACCGCCCACGCGCCGACCUCGCUCGCGUCCUCCUCGCCCUCGCUCCCCUGCUUGGCGCAGCGCUUAUUGCGAUUUCGCGUUGUGAAGACUAUAGGCAUGAUGUUUAUGAUGUUAGUGUGGGGUCGGUGCUGGGUAUGGCGGUGGCGCAUUAUACGUAUAGGAGGUAUUAUCCUGCGCUGAGGAAUCGGGGGUGUGCGGAGCCGUUUCCUAAUCCUGCGGAUGAGAAGGGCUGGGGGAAGGUUAAGGGGGAUGAGGAGAGUUUGAGGAAUGCGGAGGAGUUUGAACUGAGUGAUCUGGAGGAGGGGGAUGAGGAGGGGAGGAUGUUGAAUGGACGGCGGUGA